CUACGCCGGACGUCCUACGCGAUUGUGUCGUGAAAUAAGAAAAUAUCGUACAAAACAACACCUAUUAAUAACGUACGCUUCUGUUAACGACAGUAAUUUGUGGUCAUUGUCUGUCUAUGACAGAAAGGAUACGAAUUGAGUUGUAGCAUUGGCAAUAAAACUAUCAUAAUCUUUCUGUGACGCUGAUUGUUGAUGUUUUGUUACCUGUGACAAUGGGAGAUCCAUUAAACCAACACGGCCGAAAAAAACUAACUCCGUCGCGAUCGGUGAGGAUGAAAGAAGAACCUGAACCGGACCUGGAACCGGAAAUAGAAUUUCUCAGGCUGGCAAGCUCGUGGGAUAGUAGCAUCAGGGACCCAUUGAAUGAUGAAAUAGCAAUCGGCGAAACUGUUAUGGCAAAUGAAGAUCCGUUUAUGAUAUUACAAGAAUUUGCCAUCAAAACUGAACCAGAUGCAGAUACCGAGGACUGUGACUAUGCCGUAGAAUCAAGUCCAAAGAAGAAGAAAAAAAGUGACGAUGCAAAAUUAGCGUACAAAUCGACCGAUAAGAAAAAUCAGAGUGUAUCGAGUUUUAUGUUACCUCAAAACAAUAACAUCAAUCAAAUCACCAUUGCCUCGAACAUCGUUAGCCCCAUUUCCGCCUCAUCGUCAAAUGUGAAUCUCGUCAGAGUUCCAGUGUUCGAUCUACCGCAUAAUCUUAAUUAUCGAAUCGUGGCUAUACCGUCGUUACCCGGAAGUGAUAGCACUGGUGUCCUAAUACCUACUGAAACUGGCAAGUUGACCACAAAGACAAAAUCUGAACCAGUGAAAGUAGUAGUACCCACGUCUCCAACGCCGCUGCACAUUGAUGAAAAAGCAAACGUAACCCCAAAUUUCUCAAACGGAAAGUGCUGCAACCACAAAGAGCUGUUGCGGCAAAGCGAACAUAGGUUGAAACAGUUGGAGGGAGAAAACGCUUUGUUAAAAAAGCAAUUAGCGGCUAAAUUGAACGCCGCACUACGCUACACUUCCCGAAAAAGGCAAACAAAUAGACAAGAGGAACGCGUUGUAGAAAGCAUUCCGAGAGAAGGGCUAAUUCCUCGGACGAACUUUAUGUUAGGAGCAAUGGAGAAUGAAGCAGAGUUAGAGAGUUUCGAAAACCUUUUAAUGAAAGAUGAGGAGUAUAAACAAGAAGUGUAUAACUUUUUGAAAAAUCAAAUAUUUUGCAAGGAUGUAAAUAAUCGUCUGCACCAGGCGAUUGAUUUGCUGUUUAGCAAACCUUUUUUUGCAAACAUAACUUGGACGGGUUGCAGUAGGACAAAUGUACCUAAAGUGGAGUUAAGAAAAUUUACGAAUGUCAUAGAUAUGUUUAGGAGAAUAGGUUCUAACGAAACGGUUGUGCCGACGCCAAAAUAUGUCGCCGAUUUUCUUAAACUAAAACUGAAACACGCAAAGAGUCGUAUCCAUAUAGUUGCAACAAAAAUGACUUCCUGCCAUCAGAAACAUAGAGGUAGUUGA